AUGCGCCCCGCAGACGCCGCCCGGCCCGCGCCGCCGCUCGUGCGCGUGGCCCCCGCGCUGUUCCUGGGCAGCGCGCGCGCGGCGGGCGCCUCGGAGCUGCUGCGGGACCUGGGCGUCCGGCUCUGCGUCAACGUCUCCCGCCAGCAGCCCGGGCCGCGCGCGCCCGGGGUGGCCGAGCUGCGCGUGCCCGUGCUGGACGACCCCGCCGAGGACCUGCUGGCGCACCUGGAGCCCACCUGCGCCGCCAUGGAGGCCGCGGUGCGCGCCGGCGGAGCCUGCCUGGUCUACUGCAAGAACGGCCGCAGCCGCUCGGCCGCCGUCUGCACGGCCUACCUCAUGCGGCACCGCGGCCUCAGCCUGGAGGAGGCCUUCCGGAUGGUCAAGAGCGCCCGCCCGGUGGCCGAGCCCAACCCGGGCUUCUGGUCUCAGCUCCAGCAGUACGAGCAGCUGCUCCAGGCCCGGCCCCCGGACGGCGGGGGGCCCACCGCAGCCGUCACCCCACCGGCCCCAUGAACCGUCAAUGCCGUUAGCCCCAUCGCCCUCUGCCCGCUCGAGGCCGCCACCGCCCGUCUGGGACGGACUUUGGGCAAGAAAAUCUGAGCCACUGGAAGAAGUCGAGGCCAGGAGAAAGGACGGGGAGUCGGAAGCUGAAGUUGAGGGCCUGGGAAGUCACAGGACACCCCUCACUCCGGAUCCUGGACACCCCGGGUGCCACUGCCUGCAUGGGGUGUCCCACCGGGCCAGGCCCCCCCCGGGAGGCUGUGCCCUAGGCCCCCCACUCCCUCCCACCUUACAUUGUGCUGCGGCCCUUAUAUGGCCACCCCUGCACAGCUACUGCCAAGCCUGGGUGGGUGUCCCACCUGGCAGUCGUCCUGCCUGG